CCAACUGGUCCAAAUAGAACGACUCCCUAAGAUUAUAGGGGAGCUAGCUCCGUUUCAGUUCCUGUCCAUUACCCGGUGAAUAGAAAAAGAGAGGAAAAACUGAUAAUUGAGGGCCGACCCCGACGCGGACUGACUGAAGAAGAGGAAAGCGGGCUGAUUUUCCUGUUCAGGUCUGAUUGAGUGUGCGACUUUGUAUUCCGAAGGAUCGCCAUCUCCACCUCGGCUGAGCAACAAGACGGACCUGCAGCUCAGCUCUUACUGUGUAAUCAACGUUUCACUGUUAGAAUUGGGAUUGAAACCUCCUCUCCAGCUGCUGCCGCUCACCUAUCCCUACUAACAACACAUCUUUCGUCUGUUUUCUCGAUCCCCCCUUUUGCAAUUCAUAAGCAGAAUAAUAAUUCUGGUUUUACAAGGAAAAGUAAGAAGAAAAGAAAGAUAAAUAAUAUGCAGAAGAGUGGGAGUGUUUCCAAGAACAGUUUGAGAGUAACGACGCCCCAGCAGUCUCUCAGGCGACUGGGAUUGUGCUCCCAGAUAGCUACUGCAACUGGGGGCCAACACUCCUCCCCAAUUGUCUUCCCUGAGAAACAGAAGCGACAGAAGAUCAAGGCUUCCAAGACUCCAACCCCUGCCUCCACUGAUGAUCCCAACACACUAAAGACCUUCGAGCACAGGAUUGACAUUCCGGCUUCUGCUGCUGGAGAUGAAAAGUCUGAUCUGUUGGGUUAUGUCGUCUUCACCGGAAAAUUAGUGUUGGACAAAAGAAAAACCAGCAGUAUAAACACUACUUCUACUGAUGCACAACAAACCACCUCCUCCUCUGCUGAUAUUCCCAACCAGGAAGCUGUUGCUGGCAAGCUUACCAGUAAGGCUUUAAUUUGGGGUUCUCACAUGCUGCAUCUUGAUGAUGUCAUCUCAGUUUCAUACAACGUUGGUCUCAGACAUUUCACCGUGCAUUCUUAUCCCUUGAAAAAGGGUUCUUGUGGCCUUUCAUGUUUUAUAAAGCCUCGCAGAAGCCGUAAGGACUUUCGAUUCUCGGCUUCUAGCAUAGAAGAGGCAGUUCAGUGGGUUGGGGGCUUUGCUGAACAGCAGUGUUAUGUGAAUUGCUUGCCUCAUCCGUUGCUAUCUUCUAAAAAGCAGGCUUCUUCAGAAUUAAUUCCAAUUGAUACUCCUCCUGAAUUAAUUUUCAAAUGUAAGAAGCCGCCAAAAAUGCUUGUUAUAUUAAAUCCACGAUCUGGACGUGGCCGUUCAAGUAAGGUUUUUCACAACGUCGUUGAACCUAUAUUUAAGCUUGCAGGUUUCAAAGUGGAGGUAGUUAAAACAACGUCUGCAGGUCAUGCUAGGAAACUUGCCUCUACUGUUGACAUUAGCACUUGUCCUGAUGGAAUCAUUUGUGUUGGGGGUGAUGGAAUUAUUAAUGAGGUAAAUCCUUUGCUACUUCAAUGUUCCCGGUACAUAUCCAUGAUUCUUAUUAUUUUCUCUCCCCUUCACUCCACGACAACCACCGCCCCCCCC